GCGUCUCUCUCUCUCUUUCCGUGUGCCUGGUGUUCAGUCAGAAUAGCGAAGGGAGGAGGACACUGUGUGACAUCCGGUCGUGUUUCUACACUCGACCGAAAACAGGUUGUCGUGCGAGGACAUUCGAGGACAGAAGCGUUCCACAGCUCGCUCGCUAUAAUGAAGCCCCGGUGUCAUAUUUUGGUGUUCAGUUUCGAACGGAUGACGGUAGCGGUGAAGCUAGAGUGAAAAGGAGGUACACGAGUCCGACGUUUGGAAUGACACUUGACGUCUCUCGUCCGCGCCAGCUGACAUUUGAAGGAAGCUACAGCUCGAGAGAGAUGUCUCGGAGAGAAAUGGGAGAACGGAUCCGGAAGCCAAUGAUGUGACUCGUGUGGCGGUUUUAGCGCGAUGACGGAGAAUGCGAGUGCGUUGACAGAUCGUCGAUAACGAUUAGUGCGAUUGGUUUCGUGACUGUGGCCUGCCGCGAAGAUUGUCGAGGACUCGACAUGUUGGGCCAGUGAAUGAGACUUGAUGAUAGACUGUGUGUGGUGAUCCCGUGAACAGUUUUAGAACACAAGUGCGUUAUCGGAAGAAUGCGCGGUGCUUGAAAGGCUAACUUGCCGUGGCCUCGCGACUGGCUGCCAAAAGCCACCAGGCGAGUGUCUCGAGCUUUUUUAGUUUAGCUCCUUCCUUAUAUUCCGCACGCGGCAUGUGCACCACGGAGAUGACGGAAUCGUACACGAUGUCGCCGUCGACAACGGUAUCUUCCAGCGCCGUGACGCCCGGCUGCGUGAGCGGCUCGUCGGCACACCGACGGACGUCGUGCAGAGGCUCGCCGGGCCGAGGGGACGUCCAGGACGACGAGGACGAGAUCUCUGUGGGCUGUCCCAGUCCGUUGCCGCUUGUAGUCGCGACGCCUAAUACGGAGGACGAGUUGGCCUCCUCCAGGGAGGACUACGCCGACCGUUUGAGCCCCAGGAGAACCUAUCCGCGAGACUCGGUGACGGAGGACGAGGAGAGAGAUUAUUCCCGCAACGGGGAGUACAGGAUGUCGAACGGAAGAACGAGCAGCAGGACUCGCGAGAGCGGCGAUUCGGUCACGACGCUCAGAGACGACGAGGAGGACGAGGAAGAGGAGGAAGAUGUGGACAGUAGGACCGGUAGCAACGGAGCGGCGGCCGCUGGUACCACGGACGACUACUUCAAGCCGCUGAAGCGCCUGAAGAUGGUGCAGAUGCAGCAUUCGGACGAGGAGGACGAGAGGGAACGGGAAUCCAAUGACCGCGGAGUCAAGUCUUUCAGCAUCCUCGAUAUCCUGUCGCAUCGGCCGAAGGCGAAGAUCGUCCGUCCCUGGGACACGACGGAUUCCGGCCUCGGUCAUCAGCACCGUCAUCACCUGCAGCAGCAGCAUCAUCAUCAGCACCAUUUGCACCACCAUCAUCACCACAGUAGUCAUCCGAGUCACGCGACCGGGCCCCGGGAUCUCUCGCUGAUGGGUAUGUCACUCGCGUCUAUGUCCGGCUCCAUCAGCGAGCCGCCCCUCAGCAGCUCCUCGUCGUCCGGAAGGAGCUCCGUGUCGGAUUCCGGUAGCCCGGACCCGCUCGCCCAUCAUCACCAUCAUCACGCGGCGCUUCAUCACGCGGGCAUUCAUCCCGGCCUGCAUCAUCCGGCGCUCCAGCAGCCGCAGCAGCAGCUCAAGAGGAAAAUGCCGCAGCAGCAUGGCUCCCACGCUGGCCAAAACGGCAAGAGGACCACAGGGCAGGGCAGUCCCUUGGACGCACUCUUCCAAAUGACCAGCAAAACCUUCGACGCGGGCGAGCACAGUCAGGAGCAAGCCAAUCACUUGAACCUGUUCAACAAUCGCCAGCAGCCGAAGAAGAAGCGCAAGAGCCGGACCGCGUUCACGAAUCAGCAGAUCUUCGAGCUGGAGAAAAGAUUCUUGUAUCAGAAGUACUUGAGCCCGGCCGACAGGGACGAGAUCGCCGCUCAGCUGGGUCUGAGCAAUGCCCAAGUGAUCACGUGGUUCCAAAACAGGAGGGCGAAGCUCAAGAGGGAUAUGGAGGAGCUUAAGAAGGACGUGCAGACUGUGAAUCCACUUCUGGUCGCUCAACAUCACAAGACUUUUCUCGAGAACGUGCAAGACCUGGGAAUUUUGAAGAAACGACCAUUGCCAAACUCCAUGGACGAGAAAUCGUAGAGGUCGAUUCGGGCUCGCCUUUUCGACCUUCUGUGUGCAAUUCGAGGCUCGACGGGGGAAUCGGACAACGGACAAGUUACUCGUGUAAUAUCAAGUAUCUUCGAUCCCGAUGAGGAAAGAUCGAACCGUGAUACAUAAUUUCGUGUUUACGAUGUAUUAUUCGGGCAAGCAUGUACGGAAACUAUUUUAUGCGUCAACGACUGCAUUUUGUACAGUCUUCUUUUUACGUCGCGAUUCCGGUCCCUUGACGCAUUUUAAUGUCCUCUCUUUGAAGAAAUUGUGAAGAAAGUCUUACGAUAUAAAGGGGCAUCUUCUCAAACGUACCUAACGCUAUCUGUCUAUUAAUCUAUUACGAUUCAACGUCUUAAGCUUCAUUUUUCUCAAAACUGUAAAACUGUUUACAUUGUUAUUGCAUCCAAUUUCUCGACGAGCGAAUAUGCUAUAAAAUGCGAUCUAAAACAAUUACAAUUCUAUAUGCGAUACGACUUAAUGGCGGGAGGAAGUAUCACCUUAAAAUUUUCAAAAGGUAUUUUCGUUGUGCUUGUUAGAACUGGCAAAAAAGUGGCGUUCUUAUGUCGUAAUUUACGGCUUUAAAUGGAAAAGGUAUCAUAGUCCGCUGCAAUUUUACGCGCAGAGCGCGAUGUAUUAUAAUGUAUUUAUUAUAAAACGGAGAAAAAGUGAGAGGAACGGGCCCCUCCGUGAGGAGGGCCAGGUAAAACCGUCGAUAAUAAAUUAUUAAAUGAAUAUUAUUCCGUAAAUUAUAAAUAACCACGCGUUGUGGUGGCGCCAUUGUGUACAUAUACUGUAUAUAGGUAUACAUCGUUCCCUUGAUAAUGUUACGUAUAGGCAUGAUAGAGAUCGUUAUAUAUGAUUAGAGUUAAAAGAAACAGUAAGCAUAGAUGGGACACUGCAAUAUACCUGAUUAUGAGUUUAAUUAGUGAAUAUUAGGAGCGAGUAAAAAAAAAAUCUGUAUAUCUGCAUACGGCGAUUUCCGCGUAAAGUGAUAGUGAGGUACGUGAGACUAAAAAUUAGGAGCGCGUGUGUAAACCGACUUAGUACAGUGUA